CCAGGCGACUCCAUGGCCGCCGCCGGCUCCUCCUCCUCCUCCUCCGCCUCCGCCUCGUCCCCCUUGCGGUACCCCGAAAUCUGGAACUACCUCUGGAUCCCCCUCUUGAUCUCCUUCUCCAAGGAGCUAGCUCCAGCCAAGGCGCAGCCGGGGAUCCUCCUGGCGGGCCGGCUCGAGAAUGCGGCGGCGGCGUCGACGGCGUCGGCCGCGAGCGGCGCCGUCGUCCCGAGCUGCCCCGCGGCCGACCCCAAGCUCAACUUCCGGCCGGUGAUCGGGAUCCUCAGCCACCCCGGGGACGGCGCCUCCGGCAGGCUCAACAACGCGUCCAACGCCUCGAACAUCGCCGCGUCGUACGUGAAGUUCGUCGAGUCCGCCGGCGCCAGGGUGAUUCCGUUGAUUUAUAACGAGCCGCAGGAGGUUCUCCUCGAGAAGCUCGACCUGGUUAAUGGAGUGCUCUUUACUGGUGGGUGGGCUAAAACCGGAUUGUAUUACGAGACUGCGGAGGCAAUUUUCAAGAAAGUUUUGGCAAAGAAUGAUGCUGGUGACCACUUCCCAUUGUAUGCCAUCUGCUUGGGCUUUGAACUAUUGACAAUGAUAGUCAGCAAGGACAAAAGCAUUCUCGAAGAAUUUAAUGCUGCAGAUGAAGCAUCCACUCUACAAUUUAUGAGAAACACAAACAUUGAGGGAACAUUAUUUCAAAGAUUUCCGCCAGAUUUGCUUAAAAAGUUGAGUACAGAUUGCCUUGUCAUGCAAAAUCAUCAUUAUGGCAUCUCGUCAGAAAGAUUGAUGCAGAACAUUAACUUAACGAAUUUCUUUAAGUUCUUGACAACCAGCAUGGAUGGAGACAACAAGGUCUAUGUCUCCACAGCCCAAGCACACAGUUACCCUGUAACUGCUUUCCAGUGGCAUCCAGAGAAAAAUGCCUUCGAAUGGGGUUUGUCCAUGAUACCACACUCAGAUGAUGCCAUUCAAGUUACGCAGCAUGUAGCGAACUUCUUUGUCAGUGAGGCUAGGAAGUCCACAAACCGGGCGUCUGCUCGAAAAGUGCUUGACAAUCUGAUAUAUAAUUACAGUCCCACGUAUUGUGGGAAAGCAGGGAAGGGAUAUGACGAGGUUUAUAUCUUCACGUGACUGCGAAGCCCCCAAUUUUCAUGGGCGUCAAGUCUCCUAUGCUGAAGAAGGCGCUGUGCUGAAUUGCUCAAAAUCAGAAAUUUGCUCUUUAUGUAAAUGAGAUCAUGAGAUGUAUGGACAUUAUUAUUUCAAUGGCAAGUGCUGAAGAUUGUCCUAGUAAUCUGAA